AUGUCCGAUCGCGAGUUCAGUUCGAACGAUGACCUGUCGCUUCCCAAAGCUACGGUCCAGAAAAUAAUCACCGAGAUCCUUCCCCCCUCGUCGGGCCAAACAUUUUCUAAAGAUGCACGCGAUCUGCUCAUGGAAUGCUGCGUUGAAUUCAUCACCCUAAUCUCCUCCGAGGCCAACGACAUCAGCGAGAAGGAGGCUAAGAAAACAAUCGCCUGCGAGCAUGUGGAGCGGGCCUUACGCGAUCUUGGCUUUAGCGAUUACAUCCAGGACGUUCUCGCCGUGGCUGAGGAACACAAGGAGCAGUUGAAGUCUCGAGAAAAGAAGCAAAGCAAGAUGGAGCAGAGCGGGUUGUCCGAGGAAGAACUUUUGCGACAGCAACAAGAGCUGUUCCGCUCCGCGACCGAGAAAUACCAUGCCGCUCCUGAAUAA